AUGGCCGAAAUGUUGGAGGAAACUUCAACUGCUAUUGAUGCUGACCGUAACAUAGAUCAACAAAAUUUCGCUUGCUCCCAAUUUGAGAUCUUCACACAUGAGUACCGCGAAAGAACAGAGGUACCGUCUUACGAAGUGCAUGGUUCUCAGAAUAAUUCUUGCUGCAGUUCUCCUUCUCCCACCGAAAAUUGCAAGAAACGUAUAGUGAACACUGCAAGAAAAUUGCAGAAGGCUGAAAUUGCUAUUCAACGAAUGCCGAAUAGUGAAUUAGUGGGAGACAUGCUCAAAAAAAUGCGAGAACUCACCAAUGAGUUGAGCAAGCAUACCAAGCAGCAGCAAGCUGAGUUCUCUACGAAAACUGUGCCAUUGUCGGAAUUUGACUCUACCGACAUGAAAUUGCUUAUGGGAGACUCAGAGGUGCCUCCAUCGAAAAGUCCCUUUGAAAGCCUCGAGGAGUACGAAAGACAGGAAAAAGCGCACCUUGAAUCUCUUCUUUUUGAGGCAGACGUUAUGCUGCGGGAGUAUGAGCACAUGAAGAACGGUCUAAAAGCAUAA